UUAUUUGUAAACAAGUAUUUGUUUUGGUUCCGUGCCAACUGACGGACGGUGGUUUCGUGCAGUGUUGAGUCUUAUUACUUGCAUAUGGUCUGCUUUGUUUAGGGGAUUGCCAGUAUUUAUUCUUCAAACUAUGGGUGCAGUGGGUACUGAGACACUUGUCAUCAUGGCUGACGAAGGAAUGGAUCCAUGCGAGUGCAUUUGGCCUCAGGAAAUGGCAAUGCGACGAUUGCUAUCUUUUCUACGACAGUCACAGACCCACUGCACAGAUGUUGAUUGUGUUGAUGAAUGUAAGUCUUAACAUGACCUCUUUAAAAUUAAUUAGUU